AUGUCCACACCACCACAUCCCUGGUGGAAAUCUGCAACCGUCUACCAGAUUUAUCCAGCAUCAUUCUUUGACGCAAACGGUGAUGGGACUGGCGAUCUCGCAGGCAUCAUCGCCAAACUUGACUAUCUCAAGGAUCUUGGUGUGAACGUUAUAUGGCUUAGCCCGAUCUAUCGCAGCCCAUUGGCUGAUAUGGGCUAUGAUAUCUCAGACUAUGAGGACAUUGAUUCGCGCUAUGGCACCCUUGAAGACUGGGAUCGCCUUCUCGAAGGCGUGCACACACGGGGGAUGAAACUCAUGAUGGAUCUAGUGGUGAAUCACACAUCCGACGAGCACGCCUGGUUCACCGCUUCAAAAUCAAGCAAAAAUGACCCAAAGCGCGAUUGGUACAUCUGGCGUCCUGGUAAAGUUGUCGACGGAGUAGAACUUCCGCCGAACAACUGGAAGAGCGUGUUCCAGGGCUCCGCCUGGGAACGUGACCCCGCAACUGGGGAGUACUAUCUCCACCUGUACCUGUCUAAGCAGCCAGACUUGAACUGGGACAACCCUAUUGUGCGUUCCGCCGUCUGGGACGUCAUGCGAUUCUGGGUGCGCAGAGGGUGUGACGGGUUCCGCAUGGACGUUAUCAAUCUCAUCUCGAAGACGGAUGGUCUCCCCGAUGCGCCUCUGGUGGACCACACGCAGUAUUGCCAGCCUGCCAGCAUGUACUUCGCGAAUGGUCCGCAGGUACACAAAUACAUCAAACAAAUGCACGCCGAAGUCCUCUCACACCACGACCUCAUUACGGUUGGCGAAACGCCCUUCACACAUGAGGCAUCCGAGCUCGCCGCAUACGUCCUUCCGCAGAACCGCGAGCUCAACAUGGUCUUCCACUUCGAGCUCGUGGAUAUUGACUCACCCUCCGAAUCGCCACUCCUCAAGAAACCUUGGACGCUCGGCGAGCUCAAGGCAAUCGUUGGUCGCUGGCAGCGCUUCAUGCGCGAUGAUGGGUUCUGGAAUUCGGUUUUCAUUGAGAAUCAUGACCAAGCGCGGUCGGUAUCGCGCUUUGGGAACGACUCGGCGCAGUGGCGUGCCAUCUCCGCCAAGAUGCUCGCUAUCUUUGAGAUCACUCAGACAGGGACACUAUACGUGUAUCAGGGGCAGGAACUUGGCCUCAAGAACUUCCCACGGACAUGGGGGAUCGAGGAAUACAAAGAUGUAGCGAGCCAGAAUUAUUGGAAUUUGAUUAAAGAGCAGAGACAGAAAGCACAAGGGAAGGAGGACGUUGAAAUGUCUGAUCUACUCGACAGUUUCGCGCAAAAGGCGCGCGAUCACGCAAGGACGCCAAUGCAGUGGAACGCGAGUGCACAUGGAGGCUUCACGACUGGGACACCAUGGAUGCGCGUAAACGACGAUUACGCAGAAUGGAACGCUGAACAACAGAUCGGUGACGAAACCAGCGUGCAUGCAUUCUGGAAGCGCGCGCUGAAGGUGCGGAAAACGCAUGAUGCUCUCAUCUACGGCGACUUCGUAAUGCUCCUCGAUGCACAUGAACAGGUGUUCGCGUACACGCGGAACUACGAGUCUACGUCUGCGCUAGUGCUGCUUAAUUUCAAGGAGGGGAAGGCCGAGGUUGACCUGGGGAAGGCCAUCGGAGGAGUAGCAGAGUACGCAUUCGUCUUGGGCAACUACGAGAAUGAGGAGAUCGGACUGGAGGAAAAGGUCACUCUAAGGGACUAUGAGGGGCGGGUGUAUGUCCGGGAGGCGUUGUUGAAUUGA